UUUUGGCAAUGGUAAACACAAACGUUGGUGGUAGUUUUGAAAAGUAUGGAUGUAUGAAGAAGAAGUUCCCAAACUGUGAAAGGAGGAUGCUCAUAACUUAGAAAAAUGGAGAAUGAACCGGACGAGUCAAAUCCACUUGUACCCCACAAUUCUGCUGUUGAUUGCCGCUUGCACACAUCUCCGACAGGAAUCGCAGGUUUCUCACAAAGAAACCGUCGAGAUGACCUCGCAUUUCGACAAAAAAAACCCGUUAAAAGAACCAUUAACGACGGAAGAGCUGCCAUAGAUUCCUUGAAGUCUCGCCUUUACGACCGACCGGAAAACUCCGAAGUUUUUCGAGCAAUGUACCGACCUGUUCCACCAUCUUCAGUUCAGACAUCAACUCAGGGCUCACCUCAUCCACCUCCAAAGGGUGGCUCAAGGUCAGUGAUGGGUAAUUAUAGAACCACAAUGUUCAGAAGAGAUUUCAAUAGAUUACAAGCUCAGAGAAAUCAGGGUUUUCCUAAAGCACCUGUUCCAGUCACACAAGGAGCAGUAGAAUUUGAGCAAGGAAACCCCCAAAAGCCAGAGACAAAGUUAGACCCACAGAAUUUGACAACUGCAAAUGGUGCUGCCUUUUCAAGUCUAGAGGAAGAUGGUGCAGAUAACUUACAUCUGGAUCAGAGAAGUGAACUUUCUAACAGUGAAAGACCAGUUGAUCAGGUAUCAUCAGUCGGAUCCUUUGGUAAGGGUGAUGAUGAGUCAGACUCUGUGGCCUCAAGUAAAACUGCAACUAGCAGGCCUUUCUCUCACAAAUCUCGGGCUUCAUCUGGAAAAUUGCACCCUCCUCCAUCUAGAAGUUUAAAACCAGACUUCAAUAGAAAUGAGGCAAAGCCUCUUUCACAGGGAAUACUAGGUGAUGAAGAAUUCAUCAACUGCCAUGUAUCAGAUGUGAUUGUGAAGCUGCGCCAAAGAUUAAAUAUGAGCACAGAUCUUGAUGCAAUUGCCAAUGGGGAAGAUCCAGAUGAGGAUGAAAACAAUAUCAAUCGAUUAUACAUCCAAGAAGAUGAUGGAAAAUUUGUAUACUGUGUUCCAAAGAACAGAACUUUGAGAGCUGCACGAUAUAAUCCUUAUGACUUGGUUUGUGUGACAUCACAGGAAGCCCAGUCAAACCCACAGUAUUUUACUGUGACUGCUUCAGCUGUUACACUGAUCAGAGAAGGGUUUGAUUCUGAACUUACUCCAUUAAAGAGGUGGCUUUAUGAGAAGAAAAUAUUUAGUAUAAUAUUUGGUUUUCCAACCUUCACCAAGUUUAGAUUGUGGAAAGGUUAUACGUGUUGGAGGAACAAUGUCAGAUUUCAGAAAAAUUGCAGCAGUAGAUCUGAGGUUGUCAGUUCACUUUUUUCGGCAACAAAACCCUCACAACAAGCUAUACUCCUUGUAAGAGCUCUCUGUGAGAAAGCCUGCAGCAGUAUAACAGGAGUGGGAGAAGGAGAGGAUGGAAUUUGUCUCCUACACAUUGAUCCUCAGACAACCUUUACUCUGAAGGAAUUUGUGGAUGCACAGACAAGACAAGCGCAAGACGCCACGGAAAAGCUAACUGCCUUGAGGGUAAAAGUACUGGAGAUUGUCAAAGAGGCCUGCGAGAAAAUUACAGAAGAAGAAGGACUAACAGAAUGGGUUCACCCAGAAAGAAAAAGGGAACAAAAGAAGAAAAAAAAGGAAGACAACCCUGAAGGCAAGAAAAAGAAAGGCAAGGUUAGGUAUGGACCUUCUUUCACUCAGAUGUCUCAAUGGAGAGGAGUCCUUCAUCGUUUGACUUGUUUCAUCAGAAUGAUUGACUUUCUGGUGAUGGAGCUCUUAAGGAGGCUUGUUCUAACUGCAUUGAGGACAUUCUUAGCACAAGUUAAAGCUGCAUCUAUGCUGGGAUCUAUUGUGCACCUGAGUCUUAUGGAACCCACCCUUGAAAAUGGGGAGAAGAAAAACAGUGAGAAACUUGGCACAGAUGACGAGGAAGAUAAAAAAGCUGUUCCACUUCUGCUUGUGGAGCUGGUUUUGAAUGUCCCUCCCUCUGAGGAAGGAGGAGUUGACAGAAAGACCGUCACAUUUGAUGUUCAAUCUGCCCAAAGAUCACGGACAGAAGGGAAAUCCACACCUUACACUGGUGAUGGAACAUCAUUUGCUGAUGACACCAUGACUGUCACAUCCGGAAAAGAUCCUUCAAUUAUGUCAACUGGCACUCGAACCUCUAUGACGUCAAAGUCUUUUGUUUCUCUCAGACCAACAGAACAGGAAUUUGAGAUUGCUCUCCUCGACAUUAUAUGUGGCUUUGAACAAACUGCAGCUUCAUUCAAAAGUUUGGUCCAUGAUCCACAAUUGUCGGUCUAUGUCAAUCCACCAGCAAGUGACGUAGUAUAUGCUUUGUCACGUGAUGUGUAUGAGGAGGAAAAGGCGAAGAAGAUUCCGUGGCCAGAUUCAGAGCUGCUGUUUGGCCAAGAUCCUGAUUAUCAGAAUGACGUUGGCCAAAUAUUUCAUCAGAUCAAGGAUGAAGUGGAUAACGUACUCAGUUUUUCAAAGAAAUAUAAGAGAUUUUGUGUCAUGGUGGACAAGUCGCGGAGGGUGGAUGUUGAUGGCUCCCUCAAAGAAAGGGAGUGGAACACUGAAGAGUUCUAUGCUGUUCUCAAUCAGCACACGGAAGAGGUUCUUGAGAUGUCCAAGAUGGUGUUGCACAAACGAGUUGGACUGUUUCAUGUGGAAGUAACUGGCUUUCAAAGCGACUGUCUUCCUUACCCUCAGAAGGUUCUUGAAGCAGUGGCUUGCCACCUUCCUGUCAUUGCGGCCAAACGAAAUGAUGUACUGCUGAAUGUAAUCAAGCACGCUUCAAGAAAGCUCGAUAAAAUGCCAGAGACUGUAGAAGCCUUUGUGGAACACCUUAUCUUCUUGUCGCGAAUGGCAAAUGAGAUCUCCGCUUUAGAGCAUGAAUAUCACAUCGUAACACGCAUGUACAGCAUCGCACGGAACUUUGAGAUGACGAUAUCAGCGGAAGAGCUUGCUCUGUAUCAGAUGCUCAUGCCGAGUUUUCAACAUUUGAAGUCAACCAUCAUGUACUGUGAGGCAAAAAAGGAUGAAAACAUCCAGAGAUACAGUAGAGCUCUUGAUGAACUGAUCAACACAGUUCGACGUGAACUGGUUGUCAUUAAAAACAAGGUCUGUUCUCCUGUCUUACUGGAUGCUGAUAAUAUUCCUCAAGUCGCCACAGAAAAAUUGAAACUUUUGAAAGAAGACCUGACUAACUUGUCAACCAAGGCUCGUAACUAUGCCACAUAUCAGGAACGUUUUGGAAGUUCUAUGUCGUCUUCUCUACAGAAGAAGGCUCUGACCGAGGGAGCCAUGACCACCAUGACAGGCCACUCAAGUCCCCAGGCCACUUCUCUGCAGUCUGAGGUGAUAGAAGUUGAGAAGGACUUGACUCUAAGGUGCCUUUUAUGGGAGUCCUUGCAGGAGUGGCAGGGAUUGGUCGACCAGUGGGAGGCCACACCAUUUGAGACCCUGAAGAUCGACGAAGUACAGCAUGACGUCACAAGGUUUAUACAGACUGUGUUCUUACUGGAAAAAGGUCUUCCACCAAACAAAGUUGUACCGAGAUUGAAACAAAAGGUGGUGAGCUUUAAACAAGGCAUGCCAGUAAUUACAAGUCUCAGAAAUCCUGCGCUGAGAACCAGACACUGGGAAGCUAUCCAAAAUGUUAUUGGAACACGUAUCGUUCGUGACAAAUAUUUCACUUUAGGACACCUACUACAACUCAAGGUGUUUCAACACAGGGAGAAGAUUUCGGACAUAUCUUCGCAGGCAAGUAACGAAGCAACGCUGGAACAAAUGCUGCAAAAGGUGAUGGACUAUUGGAACCACACAGACUUCCAGCUGUCUGCCCACGUAAGCCGUGACAUUGCUAUUAUCACAGGUGCUGAUGAUAUUAUAACAGCUGUAGAAGAGAGCCAGGUCACGCUUUCUAACAUCAGAGGGUCACGUUUUGUCACGCCAAUCAAGGCUUUGGUUGAAGAAUGGGACAGAAAAUUGAAACUGUUUGCCAGCACAUUGGAUGAAUGGCUUCUCUGUCAGCGGAACUGGCUCUAUCUAGAGACAAUCUUUUCAGCGGCUGACAUUCAAAGGCAACUGCCAAAUGAAGCCCGCCUGUUUGCCCAAGUAGACAAAUCAUGGAAAGACAUUAUGAGAAGAACUACUGAUAAACCGAAUGCUUUGAGGGCUUCAACAGCUGCAGGUGUGUUGGAGGUAUUGCAAGCAAGUAACUCUCACUUAGAGAAAAUUCACAGAUGUUUAGAGGACUACCUUGAAACAAAGAGACUGGUGUUUGCGAGAUUUUACUUCCUUAGCAAUGAAGACUUGCUUGACAUUUUGGCCAAUAGCAAGAAUCCCAAUGCUGUUCAGCCUCACCUGAGGAAGUGUUUUGGGAGCAUUUAUCAGCUGGGCAUUGUUCGUCAAGUACACUCGCCAGCGCAGAUCCAGAACAUGACUUCAGAGGAAGGGGAAAGUGUAUUACUGCCUAAAACUUUAAGAGCGAGAGGAAACGUGGAGUCAUGGCUGUACAAUGUUGAGCUUGCUAUGUAUGAGACUGUCAAAAUGCACUUAAAAAAGUGUUUAGUGGAUUAUGGUACAAGAGAGUAUUCUGCGUGGGUUUUGGCUCAUCCGGGACAAGCAAUACUGACUGUAUCUCAAAUUGUCUUUAAUCGUGACGUACUGACGUGUUUCCGUACAACAAGACCCAAAGAAGCUCUCCAGAACAAGAGAGAAAAACUAGUCUCAGUCCUCCACAGUCUAUCACAGAUGGUAACGUCAUCACUAGUUCCUCACAAGCACCAAACACUCGAGGCCCUGUUAACAAUUGAAGUGCAUGCCCGUGAUGUCCUAGACUCCAUGAUUGCUAAUCAGGUCUAUCAGAUGGAGGAUUUUCAGUGGACCAGGCAACUGCGUUACGAGUGGAAUGACGAGCGGCAAGCCUGUAUGGUCCGUCACAGUAAUGCAGUGUUUGAAUAUGGGUAUGAAUAUCUCGGCUGUUCGCUUCGGCUGGUCAUUACCCCACUGACUGACAGAUGUUAUCUGACACUGACUGGAGCACUCAAUCUUCAUCUUAAUGGCGCUCCUGCCGGACCGGCGGGGACUGGUAAAACAGAGACUGUUAAGGAUCUUGCCAAGGCCAUGGGAAAGCAGUGUCUUGUGUUCAACUGUUCUGAAGGACUUGACUAUAAGAUGAUGGGCAAGUUUUUCUCCGGUUUAGCUCAAUCUGGAUCGUGGUUCUGUUUUGAUGAAUUCAAUCGUAUCGAUGUAGAAGUGUUAUCAGUCAUCGCUCAACAGCUUCACACUAUUAAAACAGCUAAAGAUAAUAACGUAACCAGGUUUCUGUUUGAGGGACGGGAUAUAAAGCUGAAUACAAAUUGUGGAAUGUUUAUUACAAUGAACCCAGGAUAUGCGGGUAGAGUCGAGCUGCCGGACAAUUUGAAAUCUUUAUUCCGUCCAGUUGCCAUGAUGGUACCCGACUAUGCGUUAAUCGCCGAAAUAAUUCUGUUUUCUGAAGGAUUCACUGCCGCUGCGUUGUUGUCGGGGAAGGUUGUGAAUCUUUAUCAACUGGCAAGCAAGCAGCUUUCUCAACAGGAUCACUAUGACUUCGGAUUACGAGCGAUAAAAUCAGUUCUACUUAUGGCUGGACAGCGUAGAAGGGCUGCAAGUCUUAACAUGGCGUCUGAGACAUUGGAAGAAGAAGAAUCACACCUGAUUAUUAACGCAGUGAAGGACGCCAAUAUUCCCAAAUUUGUCGCAGAGGAUGUUCCAUUGUUUAAGAGCAUCUUGGCAGACUUGUUUCCUGGUUUAGAUCCACCAGUUCCGGACAACAAGUUGCUGAAGAAAGCUGCUAAGGCCGCCCUAGGCGAGUUGUCUAUUCAGUAUUGGCCCUCGCAGAUCGACAAGGUGAUUCAGUUGAACAGCACAUUACAAGUGCGGCAUGGUGUGAUGUUGGUUGGACCAGCUGGUGGCGGAAAAACCACCACGCGUCAGAUCCUGAAGCGCGCGCUGGUCGUAUUGCCGAGCAUUCAAGCGCGGGAACAGCUGGAAAUGAAAGGGACUGGGGACUACCCUGAAGAGACUGGAUCGUCAAAGACAGCCCAAUCUCACGCGCGCGCCGCCAAAGCGAGGCGUGGCUCAGUCUAUGUAUCCACACUGAACCCCAAGUGCGUGACAGUAGGUGAGCUAUAUGGCGAGGUGAAUUCCACGACUAUGGAAUGGAAAGAUGGCCUCUUGUCUCACAUUUACCGUAAAUAUGCUAAGAAUAGUAGAGGAGUAUUACAAGGAACCAGACGAAAGCAGUCGAGCACACCUCCCGCUAACGCAUUCAGAUUAUCAAGGAACUCAUCGGCCAAGUCUGCUGUCACUAGUGUGUCGGCUAUCAGUGGUGAGGAGAACAGUGAAGUUGAAACAGCGACCGCGACAGAAGACGCCAGUAACAUUAACAGAGAGGAGACGCCCAUUUUUUGGCACUGGAUUGUGAUGGACGGACCUGUGGAUACACUCUGGAUUGAAAACCUUAACACCGUAUUGGAUGACACAAAGGUGUUGUGUCUUGCCAAUGGAGAGAGGAUAGAAAUGGGUCACGGGAUGAGGAUUUUAUUUGAGGUUGACAAUCUGGCCAUGGCGUCUCCUGCUACAGUCAGUCGUUGCGGAAUGGUAUACAUGGAACCUAAGGAUUUAGGUUGGAGACCUCCCCAGAGAGAUAUUCAAUCAUCUUCUCCAGUUAUUUGAACACAGUGUAGACACAGGACUUCGCUUCCUUUCCAACUACAGCCAGCUACAAUACAUCAUAGCACCGGAUCUUAGCAUUGUUUCCACUCUCUGCAGUAUUAUCAGCGGUUUUUUAGAAAUAAUGUACAGCCAGGGUGGUUUCCCUGCUAGCGAAGCUCCGAGUGCUGUCGAAGAUGGAGCAGAAUUGUCGGAAACAACUUCGGCUAAAGCCGUCACGUUUGCGGAUGACUUCGAACAAGAAAUCAUUCCUAUUCGGAAAGUGUCUUUCAUACAACGCAAUCCUUCCCAGCUUUUAAGCUUUCUCGGAAAAGUGUAUGUUUUUGCAUAUACGUGGGCAUUUGGGGGAAAUCUUCGUUUUGAAUCAGUUGUCGAUGAUGAAGAAAGUGGAGAUACCUUUGCAAAAGACAGUCCACAAAUUUGGGAAUUGUUUGAUACAAUGACUCGUGAUUUGUUUGAUAUCGACUCCCCGAUCGGUGUUCGAUUACCCCCUGGAAACGACAGCAUGGCUAAUUACUUCAUUGACAUGGAGAGCGGACAGUUUAUACUGUGGAGCAGUCUCGUUCCUUCGACUCGCGCAUUGAUAGCCAAGGCAGUGUCUAAUCAAUUUGCCAUCUCAGAUACUCUCAACACUCUAGACGAUCCCCCUCCCAUGAAAAAUCAGCUUGAGAUCGAUCGUUCCCUCGUUCCAACCGUUGACACAGUCCGGUACGCGUUUCUCCUCUCGUUGAUGGCGUUAAAAGGACAACCGGUUUUGCUAACCGGAGAAACCGGUGUUGGGAAAAGUGCAUUGAUCCAGGACACGUUGGUCCGGUUGUCCCAACCGGGUGGGAGUGGAACGAGCACGGGAACAAUCUUAGGAGCAGUGUUUCGAACAGGAGGGAUGAACUUGGUGGACAGCAUUAUGGAUAUGACAGCCUCUGACGGGGUGAAGAGUGUAGGGCGUGGUUCUGAGGUGGUGUUCGACUCCACGCCUUUUUCGGCUUAUACAAGCUCUUCAAAGGCGCAGAAGUUUAUUGAAUCGAAGUUGGUGAAGAGAGGAAGGGACGUCCUGGGACCGAGACCAGGAAAAAAGGUUCUUCUCUUUGUUGACGACAUCAAUCUACCUCAACCCGAUGCGUUCCAGUCCCAGCCCCCUCUGGAGUUGCUCCGUCAGUUCCUUGACUCUCAAGGUUUCUAUGACUCUACAAAGCUUCAGUGGAAGGAGGUUCAUGACGUUACACUAUUAGCGGCUUGUGCUCCCCCUGGGGGAGGAAGAAGUGCUAUUAAUGGUCGGUUGCUGAGGCAUUUCAGUGUGCUUUAUCUUCCUCAUCCUGACUCCAAGUGGCUGCAUCAUAUCUACGUCACACAGCUUGGACGCUUUUUGGAAAAAGCCGACUUUGUACCUGAUGUGCGGGACGCCUGUGAGGUUAUGGUGACUGUUGCUAUGGGGCUGUACUUUGAUCUUAGUGCCAACCUCCUCCCCACCCCUGCUAAGUCACAUUAUACUUUCAAUCUGCGCGACUUAAAUAAAGUUAUAGAAAGCUUGUUACAAGCCCACCCAUCCGUCAUCACAUCACGUGACCACUGCGCUCAGUUGCUCGGCCACGAAGCCUCACGAGUGUUGCACGAUCGGCUCACGAACGAUGCUGACCGACGGUACUUCCACAGAGUGUUGUCGGAACAGCUCCACAAUGGGUUCAAGACACGCUGGAGUGCCGAGGAACUGGAAAAAAAGCCGUUGAUCUUUGGGGAUUUUCUGGAAGGAAGUGAACCACACAGCCCUCGAGUGUAUCGCUCUGUGCGCCAAUAUGAUCGAUUGCCUCAGAUCUUAGAGGAAUACUACGACAAAGCCAACCUAUCAGGGGGAAGUGUGGAGCAUCGUUUUGUUUUCUUCGACAUGGCAGUGCAGCACGUGACACGGGCGGCACGUGUUUUCCGUCAGCCUGGGAAACACAUGCAGAUGGUCGGGGUUGGGGGUACCGGCAAAGCCACGGUUGCUAAGCUAGCAGCGUUUAUUGAAGACUGCGUGUUCUUGAGACCUCAUGUCUCACGAGUAUACAACUUAUCGGAGUUCAGAGACGAUGUGAAAAAAGCUUGUGUCGUGGCCGGAGUAAAGGGAAAGAACACUGUGCUUUUUCUGUCAGACAAUUUGGUUAAGGACGAGCUCCUUGAAGAUGUGACGAGUAUCCUAGCUGGAGCUGAUAUAGCCAGCCUUUUCGACCAUGAGGACCUUGAGCGUAUCUCUUUGGAUCUAAAAAGAGAUGCGAUACUUCAAGGCGUUUCAGAUACGAAAGAAGCCAUCUUUCGGUUCUUCCUUGAACGCGUCAAGCAGAAGCUACACUUGGUCCUCUCCACCACCCCCGCGGGAUCCAGUUUUCGGCGGCGUUGCCGCCUGUACCCGCCCCUCAUAAACUGUUGUACAAUUGACUGGUUUGACAAAUGGCCUUUGGAUGCCCUUCAGUCAGUGGCCGUGUCUUUUCUGGAGCUUUCAGAAUUGGGGAAAGAUCCAGAGUCGAAUGAGGCUCUACUGGAAAGUGUUUCUAAAGUCUUUGUUGAAGUUUUCAAUAGCGUUGAACAGGAGACGCAGAAGUUUUAUGAAGAGUUGCGCCGACGAUAUUACACGACUCCGACAAGUUACAUGGAAUUUGUUCGCUUGUACCUGAGUAAAUUAAACGACAAGCGAGCUGAAUUGAGUUUUAACCGCGAUAGAUUGUGUACUGGUUUGCAAAAGCUUUCAGAGUCUAAUGAACUGGUGGGCACAAUGCAAACUGAGUUGUUACAAUUAGGGCCCAAACUUGAGAACAAAGCUAAGGACGCAGAAAAGCUUCUUGAACAGCUCGCCUGCGACCAGGAAGCAGUGGAUCAAGUACACAGUGUGGUACAAAAAGAGGAAGAAAUCAUGAAUGAGGAAGCCCUUAGAGUACAGGCGAUAGCGGAGGAAGCUCAGAGGGACCUAGAAGGAGCCUUACCACAACUGGAGGCAGCUAUUGUGGCUCUGGACUCUCUGGAUAAAUCUGACAUUUCCGAGAUCCGAGUGUACACCAAGCCUCCUACGAUGGUGAUGACGGUGCUGUCGGCAGUUUGUGUCCUGCUGCAGCAGAAACCAGACUGGAAUUCGGCUAAACUGCUGCUUGGUGAUCAGGGAUUCUUGAAAAAACUUGUUGGCUAUGACAAGAACAGUGUCCCCGAGAAGGUCUUCACGCGCCUCAAACGAUACACUCAGCAUCCGGAGUUUAACCCAGAGGCUGUUGGUAAGAUAUCGGUGGCUUGUAAAUCCAUGUGUCAGUGGGUGCUGGCGCUGGAGAAUUACGCUGAGGUGUACAAGAUCGUGGAACCCAAACAGAGAAGAUGCGAAGAAGCACAAGCUGCUCUGGCAAUCGCCAAAGAAAACUUAGAACAGAAGCAGCUAAGUCUGCUGAAAAUCCAGGAACAGCUUCAGCUUCUUAAGCAACAAUAUGAUAGCAGUGUGACACAGCUGGAGGAACUCAAACAGAAGAAGGAGCUUACUAUUGUGAGGCUGAAGAGGGCUUCAGUUCUUACUGCAGCCUUGGCUGAAGAGCAGGUUCGCUGGAGCAACUCGGUGAGCUCUCAGGAGGAACACGCCCACGGUCUUAUUGGCGAUACACUGGUGUCCUCUGCAGCGGUGGCUUACCUAGGUGCCUUCACGUCAUCCUACAGGCACCGGCUUCUCUCGCACUGGCUGCAGCUCUGCAAAGCGGAGAACAUCCCAGUGUCGGAAAAUUUUGAACUAACAGAGUUUCUGUCUGAGCCGGUCGAAGUUCAAACUUGGUUGAAUGAUGGGCUACCCCACGAUAAACACUCCAUUGAGAAUGCUGUACUCAUGAAGCAUUGUCGCCGCUGGCCACUCUUGAUCGAUCCGCAGGAGCAAGCGUCUAAGUGGAUCACGCGGACUGAAAAAGAUAACGGGCUGAAGAUUGUCAAGGCCUCGGAUCCAGCCUAUCUCAGGACAUUAGAGAGCGCCAUACCGUUAGGACAACCAGUUCUGGUUGAGGAUUUGGGUGAACACUUGGACCCAUCACUUAACCCAAUCCUGAGCAAAAAUACUAUUACACGAGGUAAUCAGGAAAUGAUGAUAAUCGGUGACUCCGAGAUCGAAUACAACAGCAACUUCCGGUUAUACAUGACCACACCCCUGGCAAACCCGCACUUUCUACCGGAAGUGUGCAUUAAAGUCACGGUGAUAAACUUCACUGUCACGCUAGAUGGAUUGCAGGACCAGUUGCUGUCACGCGUGGUCCAAAGGGAAAGACCAAAGCUAGAGGAGAGUAGCAAAGAGUUACUUCAUGGCUUGGUAACGGAUCGCUACAAGUUAAGAGAAUUGGAAGAUCGAUCACUGUCUCUGCUUCACCAGUCACGUGGUAACAUCCUGGACGACGAAGAUCUUAUCUCCACUCUGGAUGACAGCAAGAAAGUGGCGAAUGUUAUUCACACGCGUGUCGUCCAAUCAGAAGAGACCAAGGAGAAGAUUAACCUCAGUCGAGAGAAGUACCUUCCAGUGGCCACGCGGGGUGCGGUGUUGUAUUUUGUUCUCACAGAUUUAGCUUACGUGGAUGUUAUGUACCAGUUUUCUCUGCCCUGGUUUACAGAUCUCUUUGACGGCUGCAUUGAGUCCGCUCAGGAGCCAGCACAGACUGCCAGAAGUGAGUCACCCAUAAGGCCUGGUAGCGCAGGUACGCUUCGACCCAUACGAAAGGAUAAACUUGCUGUAUCAAGUGCGAGUCGACCCGUGUUUAAACGUCGAAUAACUGUCCACAGGCCGAAAGAUGAAACUUUGUUGCCGCAAUAUCUCCAAGCCUUGGUAGAGCUUCUAACAGAGAGUGUCUAUCGGGUGGUUUCGUACGCACUAUUUGCGUGUCACAAACUCACGUUUUCUUUUAUGUUAUGCGCGGGAAUCAUGCGUCAUAGUAUGGCUACAUCACGGGACAAAACCAUCGACGAGGAAGAGUGGAAUUGGUUUUUGCGUGGAUCAGCGGUCGCUGCCAUAACAGACAGACUCGAGAGUGAAGAGGAGUUAAAUAUCUCUUGGAAGGGAAGUCAGACGACAGUCGCGGGAAGCCUGGGUCAAUACAUGUCGAAAAUGAACAAAUCUCCAACCAAGUGGAUAACUGAAUCUACCUGGAAGGAAUGUCUUCAGCUGUCAGCCUCCAUUCCGGCCUUUGCUGGCCUCUGUAGUAACAUUGCAGUGAAUGGUGCCUUCUGGAGCAAGUUCGCCGCGAGCGAGAAUCCAUUCAAGUUCAUUGAAAAUGAGCAAAAGCUCGAGAAUACGAAGGCUACCUCAACAGAAGAUACGGAUCACCACUCUCCUCAGCUCGGCUGGAACGUAUCCAGUCUCUCCAGGUUUCAGCGUCUUAUCAUCGUCAAGGUACUGCGGCCCGAGUGUCUUGUCGAUUCUGUCAGACUAUUUGUGGAACAACAGAUGGGGCCUAAGUUUGUCACGAGCUUUGGGUUUGAUCUACAGGAAGUGUUUGAAGAGUCCAGUAGUAGGAAACCACUCAUUUUUAUCUUGUCUCCAGGUUCAGAUCCAACAUCGCAGCUCAUGCGGUUUGCGCGGGAGACUCGAGGGACUUCAUUACAUCUCGACAUAAUCUCAUUAGGAAGGGGUCAGGGCCCCAGAGCUGAAGAGGCAAUCACGAAAGCCUACCAACAGAAAGGAAAGUGGGUUUUCUUACAGAAUUGCCACCAUGCAGCCUCAUUUAUGCCGCGACUUCAGAUGAUUGUGAGAAGGAUAUCACAUCCUGAAACAAAUGUGCAUCCGAAUUUCCGGAUGUGGCUGAGCUCCAAACCAGACCCCUCGUUUCCAGUGUCCAUCCUACAAGCUGGACUCAAGAUGACGGUGGAACCUCCCCCAGGAAUCAAAGCCAACUUGCUUCGAUCUUUAGGGGGAGUGGGUGGGGUGGUGACCGAGUCUGUGUGGGAGGACACAGGGCCUGGGCCUAGUUGGAAGAGACUUGUGUUUGGUUUGUGUUUCUUUAAUGCCGUCGUGCACGAGAGGAAGAAGUUUGGAGCCUUGGGGUGGAAUAUUCCGUAUGAAUUCACCGCCUCGGACCUUGAGGUGUCGAUUUUGAUGCUACACAUGUUACUAACCGAGCAUCACGAUGUGCCGUGGAAAGCCAUCAGAUAUCUGACGGGGGAGAUUGUGUAUGGGGGCCGAGUCACAGACAACUGGGACCAGCGAUGCUUGCAGAGUAUCCUAGGAAAGUUUUACACUCCUUUGGCCUUACAAGAGAGCUAUGGUUACACUGUCGACUAUGUGUACCGUCCACCUCCCCCUGAAAUCUCUUUGUCAGUGUGCUGUGAAUACAUUGAAGGUCUACCUGCUGCUGAUGCGCCUGAACUCUUCGGAAUGGAUCAGAAUGCAGACACGGCUUUCCUUGCUGGUCGAGGAAGAUCGCUCAUAGCUGACCUUUUAGCAGCCCAGCCUCGCCUCACCACGUCCAUAGGCUCAAACAAAACCAAUGACGACACAGUCCUGGAUCUUGUGAAUGACACAUUAAAGUACCUCCCUCCACGAGUGGACUUCAACACCAAUGACUUUACCGCUGAUCUAAUGAACCCAAAGCGCGGAUCUAUUACUCCAGACCGCCUGAGACAGGUGGCUGAGAAGAAGCUAUCCCAGGAUCCUUUGGCCGAGCACGCAGAUCAGUCCGCAUUUGUCACGGUUUUGAGACAGGAAAUAAAUCGGUUUGACCGAUUGUUGGGGAUCAUUUACACAUCACUUUCAUCGUUGCGACUGGCCGUCAAAGGGGAAGUGCUCAUGUCUGAACAAUUAGAGGAGGCGUAUGAUGCGUUGCUUAGCAACCGUGUUCCAAAGGCUUGGGUGCAAGCGGCAUAUGAAUCCUGCAAGCCACUGGGAGCAUGGGUUGACAAUCUUGCCAAAAGGGUGGAUUUUUUUAGCUCUUGGUUAGACUUGGUCAGGAAUGAUAAAAGAUCAAAGUCCCGAGUGUCUCGCGAGACUGGCGUUACGCCGACACCAACCACCAGCCAAUCAUCGAUGUCCACGCUCCCACCACGUGAUCAUCCUAACGCUUUUUGGUUACCAGCUUUCUUUUUCCCGCAAGGUUUUCUCACAGCUGUAUUACAGACACAUGCCCGACAGCGUAACCUCCCAGUUGACUCGUUAAGCUUCUGCUACCAAGUGCUGAAUGACAAAUGGACGAAUGAUGAACUAGUUCAUAGUGAAAGCGACGUCGAUUUCAAGAGAGUCGCUUUUCAGGGUGCUCCUACGGACGAAGGCUCUCUUGUUUUUGGACUUUAUCUGGAUGGAGCAUCAUGGGAUUUCAAGCGAGGAUGCUUGCAAGAAUCCCUUCCUGGCCAGCGGUUUUACCCUCUUCCCGAACUGCUCGUCAUUCCUGUACAGCAAAACCCAUCAACAACACCUGAUGGAAAAGGUAAAGAGGAUACAGAGGAAGAGCUUAACACGUACGAAUGUCCGUUGUACAGAACAUCUCUUCGUGCCAGCUCCCUCACGUCCACUGGUCACCCUACUAACUUUGUCACGUCCGUAAAUCUGCAGUCUAUUCAGCCAGCGGACUAUUGGAUUACCCGUGGCGUGGCUCUUCUCUGUCAACUGGACGAAUGA